AUGUCUCCUAUCACCCUCGUCGCUGGCAUGGUCGCCGGCCUGGCCAUCAUGGCUACGGCUCAAAAGUUCCCUCACGAGGACCUCAUCCUCUGCGACUGCGGCAUUGGAGACAACAAAGAGCAUCUCGACUGGUCCACUUCGCGUCAAAUGAACUGGUACCAGGACAUCACUUGGCCACGUUCCGCGUACUCGUACCCCGACGCUCCAGACAUGGCCGUCGAGGUUCCAUACAAGGACGGUAUUUACCCCUGGGAUCCCUCUGGCACCACGGCCACGAUGCCAAACGGCAAUGUCUGGACGGCGUACAUCGAAGCUGGCACCCCUGAUGGCUUCAAGGCCGGCUCUGCAGUCUCGACCAAAAAUACGCAGGACAUUCUCAACUGCUGGGCCUACCGAGGCCGUCCAGUCAGCGCGGCCAUCAACAAGACCAUCACUAACGACGCCAUCUGCUGGAGUGCCUUUGUCUGCAACCGUGACGACCACGCCCCGUCUCGCCCCGACGACAUGGGCUCUCACACCUCGUCUCUGACCACGUCCAGUGCUGCACCAGCCACAUCAUUCUACUCACAAGCGCCCCCCGCUACCCCUGUCCCCACGACGGUCUCUGGCCAACCAACUCCCACUGUUCUUCCUGAGACCGGAAGUCUUUCCGUGUACUCAACCGUCAAUCCUCGCUUCAUCAACUGGCAGAACACCUUGCAGGCAUUCAUUAAUAACUUCGUCUGGGACAAGAAUACGGGCCGCUGCGUUGGAGGUCCCGUCCAAGGCACCGGUUUCACCAUUGCCAUCGAGUGUGCCGGCAUUCAGAUCGACGAAGACACUCAUAUGACGCUUCUGCUCAUCAAAGCACUCCGCGACGUCGGCCUCAACAGCCUGUGGUUUAACCAGAACCCCAUCGUGCCCGGAAACAAUGGCUCCAGCGCGACCAACCAGAGCUGGGUAGUCAUGCCCGAGGCCUUCACCAUUCAAGCUACUGAUAUGGCAACCAACAACGUUGUCGGUCGCCUUUCAUACAAGACGCAUUACGAUGGCUUUCUCUCUGGUCCCUGCUCCACCUGCGAGACCGCUCGAUUCAACAAGAAGUUUUUCGAUCCCAUGAUUGCCGCCAUUCAGGGCAGCUAUCCCACGUACCACAACUUCACCGUCGAGGCUCAGUGUGACCCUUGGAUGGUGUGCGUCUAA